AUGAAAGACCCUCCUUCCGCGAUGUCGGCUGCCAAGACCAAGAUGAGGCCCAAGGGCCAACGUGACGCAUCGCAUACCUUGCACAGGUCAAACUCAUCCAUGAUUCGACUCGGCGCGCAGCUCAUGCAGCAGAAUCGUCCUCAACUCGCGGUCAACCUCGCUCUGGUCUUGAUCUUCCUGGUCGACUUUUGGCUCACGGGCUUCAACAUCUUCCACAGCUUGCUGGUCAAACUCGGUGUGAUUGGUGCGCUACCACAGAACUGUGUUCCUCCGGCCUUCUCUCCAACAAGCCCCCCUCCGUUUGCACAGUGGCCAUUGACCCACAUCUACUGCCGUCUGAUCCACGUCUACAAUUUUUUGACGAGCUACGACAAAGACAUAAGGCUGCACCACGAAGUGUUCUCAAGGAAGCCCACGAACGACUGGAUUCGCGACUGGGCUUACUGGGAUGGCAUCGGACACAAGGGCGAAUGGGGCGAAGCGUACGCAGCCAAAGAUGAGGACAGCCGAGGUCCUUGUCCAGGUCUCAACGUGCUUGCGAGCCAUGGACUCAUCCACGUAUCCGGACGAAAGGUAGCGGCGUCCAAGAUGGUGGCUGCGUUCUCUCGAGCCUUCAACAUUGCACCCACCAUGGCAUUGCAGCUCUACUCGCCGCUCUUCCCGCUUUUCAGCGAACGAGGACACAUUCUGGAUCUCGAGGACAUCGGCAUUGCCAACAUCAUCGAACACGAUGCGAGUCUGCUUCGACCGGACUACCAUCUCGCCGACUGGGAAGGGGACCCGAAAGCCAUGUGUCGACCGCACCAAGACAUGAUCGACCGAUGGUUCCCUGCACCAAACAAGCACGGCAAGGCCAAGCCUGACCUCACCGAUCGCGAAUUCGCCGAGGCGGUCUGCAUCCGUCGCACCGAAUCGCGCGAGCAGAAUCGACAGUACAGCUCCAAUGUCGUGCAGAGUCUGAUUGGCUCUGGCAGCUGCUGUCUGAUGCUCAACGUGUUUGGAGGCAACGUCAUGGAUCUGCGAGAGAUGGCAGGAAGUGUUCAUCAAGAUCUGCCCGGCAUCAGGACGACUGCGUCGGGACUCGAGUACGGAUACGAGCGCAUCCCAGCUAGGACUAUAAAACACAAGAAAGGAUCCGAGGGCUGUCCUGUCGUGUCUGGAACGCAUCGGCAGAAAUGGCAGCCAGCGACGGGAAAGUGGUACUUUGGCAUGACCAUCAUGUACGCCCUGUGGACCACGUUCAACAUCGAGAUGCGUGCGAGGGCAUAA